UCUAUCGAACAACAAACAACAACAAGAAAAAACAGUGUUUCAGGUGUCUGUCUUGAAUUCUUGUUAAAAAACAAUUAACUUCACUCUUAGUGAAUUAUUUUGGAAUCCAGUUGUCUGAACCAUCUCUGGUUAGUUGGUUUCUAGAUUGUUUUCAUCGUCAGUGGAAGAGAGGAGUGACCUACUACACAGAAUCUGCAUCAUCAUGCGGCGAAGAGCUGGAGUUGGUGCCAUACACAAGCAGAAGCUUGAACAAGAAAAGUAUCGUGACAAAGGAACAGAAAUUCAGGAGAACCAAUUAGAACAAAUGUCAAAACAAAUGGAAGUGUUUCGAACAAAUUUAGAGGACUUUGCUGCUAAACACAAAAAUGAAAUAAGGAAAAAUGUACAAUUCCGUAGGCAAUUUCAAGAUAUGUGUGCAUCAAUCGGAGUAGAUCCACUGGCUUCUGGCAAAGGCUUUUGGUCUGUUCUUGGUAUUGGUGAUUUCUAUUAUGAACUAAGUGUACAAAUUGUAGAAGUAUGCAUUGCAACUAGUUACAAAAAUGGUGGAUUAAUAACCAUGGAUGAAUUACGCAAAAGACUUGUUCAAGCUCGAGGACGAAGUAAACAACAUCAGGAUAUAUCUAUUGAUGAUUUACUGUGUGCUUCCAAAAAGUUACGAAUAUUUGGGAAUGGAUUCACUGUGUUACCAAUGGGUAAAGGUCAAUAUUUAGUUCAGUCUGUACCAGGCGAGCUGAACAUGGAUCAUACAGCUAUCCUUCAAGCUGCUACAGACAAUGAAGGACACAUCAGUUGCUCUGAUAUUCAAUCUAAGUUGGGCUGGGAACUAGAAAGGACCCAAAGGGGUCUAAAUUAUAUGUUGCAAGAAGGCUUAGCAUGGAUAGAUGUUCAGAAUCCAAAAGAAAAAACAUAUUGGUUUCCUAGCUUAUUUGCAGCUUGUGUUAAUGCUCAGUAAUACAUAUUGUUUAAGAAAUGCUUGUUGUCUUUGUUGACUAAUGCUUGAAUAAAUAAAAAGUUUUAAUUGAA